AGAAAGAGAGUGGAGUCAGCGAGUAGACACUACAUGUGGCUGUGGUGGGAGUUCUCUGGAUAUGGAGGGGGACAAAUUCUCAGCGCUGAAGCGGUCGUUUGAGGUGGAGGAGGCGGACUCAUCCACACACUCUUCUCCUCUGUCCCGUCGGAACACCAACCCCCUCCGCUCAUCCACCUCCUCCACAUCCAGCCAGCGGAGCUACGACCUGAGCUCCCGCAACACCGACUACUCCUCUUCCAGAUCCAGCCCCUCCGAGACCUCCAACCCGCGCUCCCCAAAGACCGGCAUGAGGCGCAUGGAGCUAUCCGGGGGUCGGAACCCCGACGCAGCCUCGUCCCGCCGCACAGAGAUGUCCAUCGAGGUUUCCUCCAAGCAGAUCGACAACUCACCCAGUGCUGGCAUCGCCCGCUUCGGUCUCAAGCGCCCUGAGGUCAGUUUGAGCAGUCGGAGUACUCCACAGGACAGCUCCUCCACCUCCAGCUCCAGCUCCAGCUCCACAAUCAGACGGGAGCUCAGCAUUACACGGCCCCAUGAGCCCCCCGCCCCGCCCAAGAGGAUGGACGCCCAGCUGUCCUCAGCCCCGAUCUCCAGGAUCCCCGAGCCCCCUCAGAGAAGAGCAGAGGCCCCGUCCCCGGUCAUCAGCCCGGUCGACGGGGCCUCCAGGAGGCCAGAGAUGCCCGUCUUCAGGCAGCCGGACGGGUUGGUGCCAAGCAGUGCAGUGGAGAACAACAACAACAACCACCACCACCACCCGCCUCCUGCACCGAGUGCUCCCCUGCCUUCCCUGACUGACACAAGGGUGGAGCGGAUGCAGUCCCCGGUCGCAGAUCCUCCCUCAGCCCGACCCACAGACAGUGAGUACCGGCUCGGUUCACAAUGUCUUAUAAACUAA